AUGGAGCUUGUUGACGUCAAUGUCAUCCUUGCAAGUAUUCUGGUCGAAUAUGUCGAUGAGGGUCGAGAGGGUGAGGGAUUUGUUCUUCAUGUGGACUCCGUCCUUGUCAAUCUUCUACUUGAGUAUGUCGAUUGCAUCCUCCAUGGCGAGGCGACAGUGAGGCGAUGGGUGGGGGUUAACAUACUGGAGAAAGAGGCUCGAGCUACUAAAAGUGAUCAAGAAAGGAAGGAACAAAGGCUGGAAAGGGGCGUCUAUAGGGGUUAUCGGAUUGCAGUGAUAGAAGGCAGAUACUCGCAUAGGAUGAAGUUGGAUAUGUAG